AUGGGCGACUCUGUGAUGGCCGAGUUUGGGAAGGCUGCUCCUUACCUGAGGAAGUCUGAGAAGGAGCGUCUGGAGGCUCAGACCAGACCCUUUGACAUCAAGACUGAAUGUUUUGUAGUCGACACUAAAGAAGAAUAUGUCAAAGGAAAAAUCCUGAGCAAGGACGGAGGGAUGGUGACGGUCCAGAAGGAAGAUGGAACAACGGUGACAGUGAAGGAAUCUGACACUCACCCCCAGAACCCACCCAAGUUCGAUAAAAUCGAAGACAUGGCAAUGUUUACAUUCCUCCACGAGCCCGCCGUGCUGUUUAACCUCAAAGAGCGUUACGCAGCCUGGAUGAUCUAUACCUACUCCGGGCUCUUCUGCGUCACCGUCAACCCCUACAAGUGGCUUCCUGUCUACGAUGCUGAAGUGGUGGCUGCCUACAGGGGGAAGAAGAGGAGCGAGGCCCCUCCACACAUCUUUUCCAUCUCUGAUAAUGCCUACCAGUACAUGCUGACAGACCGGGAGAACCAGUCUGUCCUCAUCACCGGAGAAUCUGGAGCAGGAAAGACUGUGAACACCAAGAGAGUCAUUCAGUACUUUGCCAGCAUCGCUGCAGUUGGUGGUGCAAGCAAAAAAGACAGCAGCAAGGGGACUCUGGAGGAUCAAAUCAUCCAGGCGAACCCGGCACUGGAGGCCUUUGGCAAUGCCAAAACGGUGAGAAACGACAACUCGUCGCGUUUUGGAAAAUUUAUCCGAAUCCACUUCGGCACGAGCGGUAAGCUGUCGUCUGCUGACAUAGAGACGUAUCUGCUGGAGAAGUCACGAGUUACCUUUCAGCUAAAGGCCGAAAGGAAUUACCACAUAUUUUACCAGAUCCUGUCCAAUCAGAAGCCAGAGUUGUUGGACAUGCUGCUGAUCACCAACAACCCAUAUGACUACUCCUACAUCUCCCAAGGAGAGGUAACAGUUGCUUCCAUCAAUGACUCGGAGGAGCUGAUGGCCACCGAUGGUGCCUUUGAUGUGCUUGGCUUCACUCCAGAGGAGAAAAUGAGUGUCUACAAACUAAUCGGUGCCAUUAUGCACUACGGCAACAUGAAGUUCAAGCAGAAGCAGCGCGAGGAGCAGGCUGAACCUGAUGGAACCGAGGCUGCUGAUAAAUCAGCUUACCUGAUGGGGCUCAACUCUGCUGAUCUCAUCAAAGGGCUUUGCCACCCCCGAGUUAAGGUAGGAAAUGAAUAUGUCACCAAAGGGCAGAGUGUGGACCAAGUUUACUAUGCCAUUGGUGCUCUGGCUAAGUCAGUGUAUGAGAAGAUGUUUAAUUGGAUGGUGGUGAGAAUAAACCAAUCACUGGACACCAAACAGCACCGUCAGUACUUCAUAGGAGUGCUGGACAUCGCCGGGUUUGAGAUCUUUGAUUUUAACACCUUUGAGCAGCUGUGCAUCAACUUUACCAAUGAGAAACUGCAACAGUUUUUCAACCACCACAUGUUCAUCUUGGAGCAAGAAGAGUACAAAAAAGAAGGAAUCGAAUGGGAGUUCAUUGACUUUGGCAUGGACCUCCAGGCCUGCAUAGACUUGAUUGAGAAACCUCUGGGGAUCCUGUCCAUUCUGGAGGAAGAAUGCAUGUUUCCCAAAGCUAGCGACCAGACCUUCAAGGCCAAGCUCUAUGACAACCAUCUGGGCAAGAACAAGAUGUUUGAGAAGCCACGGGCAGCAAAGGGGAAAGCAGAGGCCCAUUUCGCCCUUGUUCACUAUGCCGGGACAGUGGACUACAAUAUCGCUGGCUGGCUGGUCAAAAACAAAGACCCCCUAAAUGAGACAGUGGUUGGUCUAUAUCAGAAAUCCUCUCUGAAGCUUCUCAGUCUUCUGUUUUCAAACUAUGCAGGAGCUGAUGGAGGAGACAAGGGAAGUGGAAAAGGAGCCAAGAAGAAAGGCUCCUCCUUUCAGACGGUGUCUGCGCUUCACAGAGAAAACCUGAACAAGCUGAUGACAAACCUGAAGACCACUCAUCCACACUUUGUCCGCUGUCUGAUUCCUAAUGAGAGGAAAACUCCAGGAGUCAUGGACAACUGCCUCGUGAUGCACCAGCUGCGCUGUAAUGGGGUCCUGGAAGGCAUCCGGAUUUGCAGGAAAGGUUUCCCAAACAGGGUGCUCUAUGGAGACUUCAAACAGAGGUACAGGAUCUUGAAUGCAUCCGCCAUCCCAGAGGGUCAGUUCAUAGACUGCAAGAAAAGUACUGAAAAGCUGUUAGGAUCGCUGGACAUUGACCACACUCAGUAUAAGUUUGGUCACACAAAAGUCUUCUUUAAAGCCGGCCUGCUGGGUACACUGGAGGAGAUGCGAGAUGAGCAACUCUCUCGAAUCAUCACCAGGAUCCAGGCCAAUGCCCGAGGGCUCCUCAUGAGGAAGGAGUUUAUUAAGCUUGUGGAACGUAGAGAUGCCCUAAUGGUCAUUCAGUGGAACCUUCGGUCUUUCCUUGGGGUGAAAAACUGGCCCUGGAUGAAACUCUUCUUCAAGAUCAAACCCCUGCUGAAGAGUGCAGAGUCUGAGAAGGAGAUGGCCAACAUGAAGGAUGAAUUCAACAAGCUAAAGGAAACUCUGGAGAAAUCAGAGGCAAGACGAAAAGAACUGGAGGAGAAAAUAGUGACUCUCCUCCAAGAGAAGAAUGAUCUGACCCUGCAGAUUCAGUCUGAACAGGACACCCUAACAGAUGCUGAGGAACGCUGUGAACAGCUGAUCAAAAGUAAGAUUCAACUGGAGGCAAAGCUAAAAGAAAUGACAGAAAGACUGGAGGAUGAAGAGGAGCUGAACGCUGAUCUGACAGCAAAGAAACGCAAGCUUGAAGAUGAAUGUUCAGAGCUGAAAAAGGACAUCGAUGACCUGGAGCUAACGUUAGCUAAGGUGGAAAAAGAGAAACAUGCUACAGAGAAUAAGGUGAAAAACCUGAUGGAGGAGAUGGCUUCACAGGAUGAGAACAUCACAAAGCUAACCAAAGAGAAGAGGGCGCUGCAGGAGGCUCACCAGCAAACUCUGGAUGACCUGCAGAGUGAAGAAGACAAAGCUAACACUUUGACCAAAGCUAAAGCUAAGCUGGAGCAACAAGUGGAUGAUCUGGAGGGAUCGCUGGAGCAAGAGAAGAAAGUCAGGAUGGACCUGGAGCGCUCAAAGAGGAAGCUCGAGGGAGACCUAAAACUGAUCCAGGAGAACUUGAUGGACUUGGAGAAUGACAAGCAGCAGCUGGAGGAAAAACUCAAGAAGAAAGACUUUGAGGUCACCCAAAUAACUUCAAGACUAGAAGAUGAGCAGAUUGCAUCAGUUCAGCUCCAGAAGAAGCUCAAAGAAAGCCAGGCAAGAAUUGAGGAGGUGGAGGAGGAGCUGGAUGCUGAGCGAGCAGCCCGGGCCAAGGUGGAGAAACAGCGUUCUGAUCUUUCCCGCGAGCUUGAGGACAUCAGUGAACGUCUAGAGGAAGCUGGAGGAGCCACAUCAGCUCAGGUGGAGCUGAAUAAAAAGAGAGAAGCUGAGUUUCAGAAGCUGCGUAGAGAGCUGGAGGAAUCAACCCUCCAACAUGAGGCCACCGCUGCCACCCUGAGGAAGAAACAUGCCGACACCGUCGCUGAACUGGGAGAACAGAUUGAUAACCUUCAGCGUGUGAAGCAAAAACUGGAGAAGGAAAAGAGUGAGCUGAAGCUAGAGCUCGAUGAUUUGUGCUCAAACAUGGAAAAUGUAGUGAAGACAAAGGCAAACUUUGAGAAAAUGUGCCGAACGAUGGAAGACAACAUGAGUGAGUACAAGAGCAAAUGUGAGGAGGCUCAAAGGACCAUCAAUGACCUGACAACCCAGAGGGCCAAGCUCCUCACUGAAAAUGGUGAGCUUGGCCGGCAGCUGGAGGAGAAGGAUUGUCUGAUAUCACAGCUUACUCGAGGGAAGAACUCGUACAACCAGCAGAUGGAAGAUCUGCGCAGACAGCUGGAGGAAGAACUAAAGGCAAAGAACGCUCUCGCCCAUGCUGUUCAGUCUGCUCAUCAUGACUGUGAUCUGCUCCGAGAACAAUUUGAGGAAGAGCAGGAAGCCAAGGCUGAACUGCAGAGAGCUCUGUCUAAAUCCAACACUGAAAUCUCUACAUGGAGGACCAAAUAUGAAACGGACGGCAUCCAGAGAACUGAGGAGCUGGAAGAAGCAAAAAAGAAGCUGGUUCAGAGACUGCAGGAGGCCGAGGAGGCCAUUGAGGCUGUGAACGCAAAGUGUUCCUCCCUUGAGAAAACCAAACACCGCCUCCAAAAUGAGAUUGAAGACCUCAUGCUGGACCUUGAGAGAUCUAAUGCAGCAUCCGCAGCACUGGACAAAAAACAAAGAACCUUUGACAAAGUCUUGGCAGAGUGGAAGCAAAAAUUUGAGGAGUCGCAGUGUGAGUUAGAGGCAUCUCAGAAGGAGGCUCGAUCUCUGAGCACUGAGCUCUUCAAACUCAGGAAUGCCUAUGAAGAAUGUCUGGAUCAACUCGAGACAAUGAAGAGAGAGAAUAAAAAUCUCCAAGAAGAAAUCUCAGACCUCACUGACCAGCUGGGAGAAGGUGGCCGCAGCGCCCACGAACUAGAGAAGAUCAGGAAGCAACUUGAACAAGAAAAGGUUGAGCUACAGUCAGCGCUGGAGGAAGCUGAAGGUUCCCUGGAGCACGAAGAGAGCAAGAUCCUCAGAGCUCAACUGGAGUUUAAUCAAGUGAAGGCUGACAUGGAGCGCAAGCUGGCCGAGAAGGACGAGGAAAUGGACCAGGCCAAGAGGAAUUACCAGCGUAUGGUGGAAUCACUCCAGUCCUCUCUGGAGUCCGAAACCAGGAGCCGAAAUGAAGCCAUGAGAGUUAAGAAGAAGAUGGAGGGCGACCUCAAUGAGAUGGAGAUUCAGCUGAGCCAAGCUAACAGGCAGGCAGCUGAAGCCCAGAAACAGGUGAAGACCCUCCAGGCGUUCCUGAAGGACACUCAGCUGCAACUAGAUGAUACCCAGCACGGCAACGAUGACCUGAAAGAAAACAUUGCUCUGCUUGAACGCCGAAACAACCUCAUCCAGGCUGAACUGGAAGAAGUGAGAGCCGCACUCGAGCAGACCGAGAGAAGUCGGAAACUGGCCGAACAGGAGCUGACCGAGGCAACGGAGCGAAUGCAACUCCUGCACUCCCAAAACACCAGCCUGAUCAACCAGAAGAAGAAGCACGAAGCAGACCUCCUACACCUGCAGUGUGAGGUUGAGGAAGCCAUACAGGAGAACCGCAAUGCUGAGGAGAAGGCAAAGAAGGCGAUCACAGAUGCAGCCAUGAUGGCUGAGGAGCUGAAGAAGGAGCAGGACACCAGCGCCCAUCUGGAGCGCAUGAAGAAGAACAUGGAGCAGACCAUCAAAGACCUGCAGCACCGUCUGGAUGAGGCCGAGCAGAUCGCCAUGAAGGGCGGCAAGAAGCAGCUCCAGAAACUGGAGGUUCGCAUCAAAGAGCUGGAGAAUGAGCUGGAGGCAGAGCAGAAGAGGGGAGCUGAGUCCAUCAAGGGAGUUCGCAAGUACGAGCGCCGCAUCAAAGAGCUCACCUACCAGACCGAGGAGGACCGCAAGAACAUGGCCCGCCUCCAGGACCUGGUGGACAAGCUGCAGCUGAAGGCCAAGUCCUACAAGAGAGCGGGCGAGGAGGCUGAGGAGGCGGCCAACAUCAACAUGGCAAAACUACGCAAGCUGCAGCACGAGCUGGAGGAGGCGGAGGAGCGGGCCGACAUCGCCGAGUCGCAGGUGAACAAGCUGAGGGCAAAGACUAGGGAUGGAUCGUCUAAAAAGGGCCUGGAUGAGUGA